AAAUUUUUUAUUUUCUAUAUUCCGGAUUUUGUUAUGCCUUCAGUUAAGAUUUUCGCCUUACAAAAUCCUUUAUCUCGGAUCACGUGAUCAUUGUUUACUGUAAUUUUAGAAGGGAGAAGAUUUUGAUUUCAUUUCGUUGGACUUUGAGUAUUUUCGUUGCGUUAUAAGGAAUUCUUUCGAGAUAAUCACGUUUCUCCAGUUGAUGUUGAAUUAUUAGACCAAGAAUUGUAAGUAAAAUGUGAAUUUUAACAUUUUAUACAACGUUUUCCAAACUGAUUGACCAGUGGCAGUGGCUGGUUUCGUAACCUCCCUUCUUACAUAACACAUUUGUUAUGACAAAAAACGUUUUGAUACUUGGUCACUCCUUUGUGCGGAGAUUAGAACAUUUUGUUUUAAACAAUUUGGACAGCCGAGUGAACGAAAACCUGAAUUUGAAUAGAGAUGAGGUUCGCAUUUGUUACAGUGGACAUGGUGGCGCUUCUCUGGAGAAGAUUCGCGCGCUGGGGAUGGCUUACGUAAGGGAACACCGCCCGGAUGUGGUCAUUAUUCAUGGUGUUUCUAACGAUUUGUGUAAACCCGAAAAAUCUGUUGACUCUAUUUUUAGACAGUUAAUUGAAUUUCUCAUAGACCUACGGUAUGGACAGUCUGUCAAAUCUGUGAUAAUUCUACAAACUUUACAUAGAAUUUCUCCUCUGAGGCGCACUCGUUACGAGGUCAGUUUACCGUGGUUUAACGGCAGGGCAGAUGAACUAAAUAGGAGGGUAUCAGAUUACACAAAGGGAGUUGAUGGUGCCAAAUUCUUCCGCCUUCAAGGAUUUUGGAACUUUUCCACUAAGUCCAGUGUUUACCUUGAUGAUGGAGUCCAUUUAAAUAGACAGGGGAACAUCAAGUAUUACAACAACAUCAGGGCUGUUGUUGUUUCUGUUCUUAAAUCUCUGCACAAUGAUGAAUGUCAGUGAGAGAGGGCGGCGAAGGAAAAGGACUGCUCCCCCUGCCGCAGCUGGAUCAGCUACACAGAGGGUGGUGAUGGAUGAGGAAGUGGACGGUACCUCCCAGAAUGAUGUGCAGCCCCAGGUUCCACCUAUACAGCCACAAUUGGUAGCAGCGGUGACUGAACAGGUGCUAAAAGCCCUUGCGGGAGAGGAGAAGAAGGGUACUAAGAGGAGCAAACCUCAGAAGGGUUCUAAACGCAAACAGCGGAGAACGCCAAGCAGCGGCUCUUCAGGUACAGACUCUGACAAUAAUGAUGAAUCUACAGAUAAUUCAGAUUCUGACAGCUCCUCAUCUUCAGAUAGUGAUUCCGAUGACUGUGAACUAAUUUCUGAUCCGACAACUUCGCAGAUAGAUUCUAAAUUGAAAAACAAAAUUUGGCAGAACAAAUACGUAGAUUUCGUCAAGUUGCUCCCAAGGGAUGAUUUCACUUCAGAUAAAUCAUUGCGCCUACAAAGCGCUGGUAACUCUGAAUAUAAAUUUGUCAAAUCAAAACCAAAAAAGUCUAUCAAAACAAUUGAGCAGUGGACAACAGCAUUUUUGAAAUUUUUGGCAGUAUAUUCGGAAAAAUAUCCAAAGCAAAUCCCAGCUGUUAUCAAACAUGGGGAAAUUGUUAGAGAGUUAGCAAGUAGAUCUUUGGGUCAGACAUGGCUUACAUAUGAUAAGCAGGUCAGGAAGGACAUUGAAGUGAAGUCAAUUCCAUGGGGGCAACUUCAUUACGAGUAUUGGGUAAUGGCCACCACUUUUCGACAACCCCAAACCCAACUCAAUUUUCGUGGGAAACAGGGCCAACCAAGGGUUUCAUUCAAAAAUAGAACCCCUCCAGGAUUCUGCUACGUCUACCACAAAAGUGGAAAAUGUUCAAACCAGCAAUGCCAGUAUAAGCACAUCUGCUUUCAGUGUAGGAAAACACACUCAGUCUUGUACUGCACAGGGGGAGAUAAACCAUUUACAAAGGGUACCGGUACCACAUCUCAGUCUAAACAAACAUCAAUCCCCCAAAACGCAAACAAAUAAAAAUGUAGUAACACCAGUUAAGGUAUCCAUUUUAAGGCAGUUCCUCGAAGGGUAUGAUGACAAUUUAAAAAUUUAUUUAACUGAAGGUUUUCAAUAUGGCUUCAAAAUACAAUAUGAGGGUCCAAGGCAACAGCGCUUUUGUAAAAAUUUAGUAUCGGUUCAGCAGCAUGAAAAUAUAGCUUCAAAUAAAUUACAAAAAGAAAUUUCCCUUGGUAGGAUUGCUGGUCCAUUCAGCUCACCUCCUUUUACAAACCUUCAGUGUUCUCCUAUUGGAAUUGUUCCUAAAAAAGAAAUAAAUGAAUUUCGGCUUAUUCAUCACCUGUCAUAUCCGGACGGAGCCUCUAUAAAUGAUUUCAUCCCUGAUGAGUUGUGUUCUGUUUCCUACGCAACAGUAGAUGAUGCCAUUAAACAAAUAAAGAAACUAGGUAAAAACUGUUUGUUAGCAAAAACAGAUAUCGCUUCGGCAUUUCGCAUAUUACCUGUUCAUCCAGAUGACCAUGAAUUGUUAGGGAUUCAAUUUAAGGGGGCUUUUUAUUAUGACAGGUGCUUGCCAAUGGGGUGUUCAAUAUCUUGUUCUAUUUUUGAGACAUUUAGCACUGCCUUACAAUGGAUAGCUUGUUCAAAGUUCGGUGUAUCCAAUAUGCUGCAUAUUUUGGAUGAUUUCUUAUUUUUAGGUCCACCUGAUUCCCCAGUAUGCAAUUUAGCUUUAUCUCAGUUCAUUUCAAUGUGUGAAGUUUUAGGGGUACCUAUUAAAUGUGAAAAAACUGAGGGGCCUUCAACUACAUUAAUCUUUCUGGGUAUAGAGUUAGAUACUAUGAACAUGGAAGCUAGAUUACCAAGAGACAAAAUAGAGAAAAUUCAGAAUGCUCUGCAUUCUGCCAAGCGACGUAAAAAGAUUACUCUGCGUGAGCUUCAAUCUCUGAUAGGCCUGCUAAAUUUUGCAUGUUGUGUUGUUGUCCCGGGAAGGGCAUUUUUACGGCGGCUUAUUACACUCACCAUAGGUAUUUCAAAACCACAUUUUCACAUUCGUCUGAAUGCACAGGCUAGGUUAGAUUUGAGUGCUUGGUGCGAAUUUAUUGAGAAUUUUAAUGGAAAAUCUAUGUUUAUUGAUGACCAUUGGCUGAAUUCUCAAAAACUACAUCUGUACACAGAUGCUGCAGGAAAUUUUGGUUAUGGUGCUGUUUUCGGUACUAAAUGGUUCUAUGGUGCCUGGGAAAACAUGGGUCUAAGACAGGUCUACAAUAUCACUUUUAAAGAGUUAUUUCCAAUAGUUAUUGCAGUAGAAACUUGGGGAGAUGCACUUGCAAACAAAUCAAUACUUUUUCAUUCAGAUAAUAUAGCUGUAGUAGAAAUUAUAAACAAAACUUCUUCUAAAGACACCUCUGUUAUGUGCUUAUUGAGACGCUUGGUGCUUGCUUGUUUAAGGCAUAAUAUUUUAUUCAAAGCGGAGCAUAUUCCUGGAAAAAUAAAUGUCUUACCAGAUCUACUUUCGCGAUUACAGGUGCAGAAAUUCCUUGGGUUGGCACCAUACAUGGACCGAUUUCCAACUACUGUGCCAAAGCAAUACCUUCAUGUUUGAAUGAGACUGCAUCUAAAUUGUUGGAAGCCUCAGUAACUUACAAUACUCAGCAAUCUUACAAGACUGCUAUGUCUGUUUUUCAGAAUUUUUACAGAAAAGUAUUUCACACCAGGCCUGAAUUUCCUACGGAAGUAGCACAGGUUAUUUGUUUUGUGUCUUGGCUACAUAAAGAAGGAAAAUCCCACAACACCAUCAACACUUAUGUUGCUGGUCUUUCAUAUUACCACCGUCUAAAUGGUUUCACAGACCCCACACAAUUUUUUAUUAUCAAAAAACUAAUUAAAGGUGCACAACAGCUGUCAGGUACACCUGAUAUCAGGCUACCUAUCACACCUCAAAUAUUGCGCAAAAUUGUACAUGCAGUUAAAAACACAAUCUCUGAAAAAUUCAAUAGGCUUCUCCUUAGGGCAAUGUUUACUCUGAGUUUCUUUGCUUUCUUACGCGUAGGAGAAAUAACAGCAAAAUCCCCUAGAAACAUUAAAAAUGUUAUACAAAUGGAAAACUUGAAACUGGACAAACCUUUGACAAAUCCAAAAUACAUGACAUUAACUCUUAGACAUUUCAAGCACAACGCAUCCUGUAGACCGGUCUGUUUACAAAUAGCUACUCAGAAAUGUAAAUCCAUUUGUCCGGUUCGUGCUAUGGUGAAAUACAUUGAAGCACGAGGUUCAGCUCAGGGUCCUUUGUUUACUUUUGAUAAUUGCAAUCCCAUUUCACAAGCAUAUUUUACAUCAGAACUCAAGAAUGUGGUGUUAUAUACUGGUCUUGACCCCAAGCUCUAUAGGUCUCAUAGUUUUCGCAUAGGGGCAGCUUCUUAUGCUUUUCACUCCAAAGUAUCUGAAGAAAAAAUCCGCCUUAUGGGUCGCUGGAAUUCUAAUGCAGUCAAACGAUACUUCCGUAUCCCAGUGUUUGAUACUAUUGAGGUUUCACCUACAAGUCAGACUGACUGAGGCAGCUGAUGAUGAACGUGUAGUAUCCCUCCCUCCCUAUCCCUCUUGCAAUCAUAAAUGUAUUAUUUAUAUUCAGACUGUCUGAGGCAGCUGUAUAUUUAUAUCAAUUCCAUAUUUUUACUUAGUGGCCGUUAUCCAAUACAGAAUUUUGUAGAUAACAGUUUUGGCUUUUUAUGACAUAAAGAGAUUUUGAUUUAUUUCAUACACAUGAUACAUAUGACUUUGGAUUUCACUGGACUUCGUAGUUGAUCAAUUAUGACUGUCUGAGGCAGCAUAAGUUAAUGGAGAUAAAGUGUAUGAACUCGUGCCAAUUUUAGACUGUCUGAGGCAGCUUUUAUUGUUUAUAUGUUUAUCAAGCUUUAGGGAAUAAUGUGGACAUUUUCCUUUAUGCACAAUUUGUAUCCAAUUGGUUUUUUGUGUAGCAUUUUACAUUUUUUUUAUACGGGUGUUUAUGUUUUACAUGUAUAAAGUACUGGAUAAACUAUUGACUGUCUGAGGCAGCAUUGUCUAUCCAGUCGGACUGAAUUUGUACGGGUAUUGUUAAAUAAGUUGCAUUUACCAACAUCUCGUUUUUGCUUGUAUAAUGUAUGGACAGGUUUUGUUUUUUAGGUUCAUACCUUUUCCUGACAUUUUCUUGAUGUAUGUUGUACUUGAUUUUAACGCUACUCAGGAUUUAUGUUUCCAAGAACUGUUUAAGCAAUAGACAUUAGGUAUGUGUUACCCUGUCAUACUGAUAUCUCCCAUUUUUCUCCCAUUCAUCUCCUCUGGAUGGGGCACUUGUCUCUAAGCUACUGUUUUCGACAAGUUUGUGGCAUGUUUUUUUAAUCAAGUCCCAUCUUUUUUGCCAUUUUUAGUCAUGUGUGUUUUUAUUGUGUACAUACUUAGAGUUCUAUAUGCAUUGUUGUUCUAUAUUAAUUAGGGCAAAUUUAAGAUAUGCAUUUCCUUUUUUAUUGUAUGUACCUUUUUGGUUGUUUUUAAUUUUUCAUUGUGACAGGUGUAACAUAUAUUUAAUAUCAAACAAUACUGCUGUAUAUUUCAUUGGCAUUUGUAAUAAAUGCUCUUUUCAAUUCAAAUACUUGUUGAUAUCAUUUUUGGCAAAAAACAGAGCAGAGUAGAUUCUGGCAGAAAAACAGAGGAUUGGUAUUUGAUGUAAAAAAUAGACGAUGGUAUAAUUGUAUUUAUGUGAAGCAUAAAGUAAUUUAUACCAUCUCUAUUGUAAAAUUUUUUAUUUUCUAUAUUCCGGAUUUUGUUAUGCCUUCAGUUAAGAUUUUCGCCUUACAAAAUCCUUUAUCUCGGAUCACGUGAUCAUUGUUUACUGUAAUUUUAGAAGGGAGAAGAUUUUGACCCUCCUCCUCCCCUUCAUCCACCGGUGCUUAUUGUGUGUUCAAAUGAAGCUAGUCAUAUCAUGUUUUGUCAUUUUGCUCAAUCUGUAUUAUACUUGUUGGCUAUUCAAGAUUGUAACUAGUUCUUUUUCUACAAUAACUUUUAGGUACUUAAAUUAAGUUAGUGCCAAUAUUGUUUUUAUUCAAGCUAGUCCCAAUUCUUUUGCCAUUUUAUUUUUAAGUAUGGGCAUGUUUUUUUAAUCAAGUCCCAUCUUUUUUGCCAUUUUUAGUCAUGUGUGUUUUUAUUGUGUACAUACUUAGAGUUCUAUAUGCAUUGUUGUUCUAUAUUAAUUAGGGCAAAUUUAAGAUAUGCAUUUCCUUUUUUAUUGUAUGUACCUUUUUGGUUGUUUUUAAUUUUUCAUUGUGACAGGUGUAACAUAUAUUUAAUAUCAAACAAUACUGCUGUAUAUUUCAUUGGCAUUUGUAAUAAAUGCUCUUUUCAAUUCAAA